AACCGCAUUCUGUACACUAAAGCCGUCCAUACUGCACCAACCCCAGCAGAGCUCCAGCCAUGACCGAACUCAGCGUUUACGACAAUGACCCGACCAUAUACCUCUUCACAUCCCUGACCGCCGGGUCUUCGCACAUCAUCACUGCCACUUCGCGAAUCGAGACAAUUCUCAGAGCGAACAAGAUUCCAUUUAAAGGGGUAGACACAGCUACUGACGAGCUAGCCAAGAAGCUGUUCCAGCGGAGAGCAAGUGGAAAGAAGCUACCCCUGAUAGUCAAAGAAGGAUAUGUGCUAGGUGGCAUUACGGAGAUUGAAGAAUGGAACGAAUACGACGAGAUCAGAGAGGCACUGGGGGUGACCUCCGCCUUCACCCCCUUUCCCGCCAAACCAGGGCCGCCGCCCAUGGCAGCCUCCGCCAGCACCGCCGCGCCCACAUCGCUCAAGAGCGCAGCUGCAAAGGAAGAUGACAUCCCGGUCCUGAGCCCAGAGACGAAUCUCGCGCUGCGAGAGCUGGGUGCUGAGGCAGCAAAGAAGGCAGCUUCAUUGAAGCCCACCCCUGGCAAUAUCAAGACUACAAAUCCGUUGUUGGCCGAGAAGACGAACACCCCGACUUCUGCUACUAUGCUCAAGAGUCCGUUGAAGGAAGAACUGAAGAAUGUUCUUUCGCCCCGGUCCGUUCCCCUGCCUGAUACGCCAAAGGUUGCCACACCGACUACACCCAGCGUCGCGGCGGAUGCAAAGGCCGCUGCUCCCACGGCGAAGACGGAUGCAAAUGAGGAUACAAAAGAAGAUACAAAAGAAGAUACAAAAGAAGAUACAAAAGAAGACGCAAAGGAAGAUGUAAAGGAGGAAUCGGAGGUAGAAGCGGAGGCAGAAUCGGAGGUGGAAGUGAAGGCCGAGGCAAAAGCUGAGGCGACAACCGAAGAAAAGACUGAACCACAGACCGAGACCAAAGCUGAAACAAAGACUGAGGCAAAGGCUGCACCAAAGACUGAUGCAAAGGCUACACCAAAGACUGGAGCAAAGACUGUGGCAAAGGCAGGGUCAAAGACUGAAGCAAAGACCGAGGCAAAGAAGAGUGUGAAGGCGGUAGUCAAGCCCGCUGCGAGCAAAGAUGUCAAGGGCAAGGACAUCAAGGCGAAAGAUACAAAAGCAAAGGACGUUAAAUCGAAAGAUGUCAAACCAAAGGAUACCAAGGCAAGCACCACAGGCUCUAAAAUACCAAAAGCGUCAUCAACAUCGACGACAACAACACGAAAACCUACCACUGGUCUCUUUGGAAUCCCAAAGGCUGCGCCAAAGUCCAAGCCCAAAGCAGCAUCUGCAUCUACAAGCAAAACUGCAACGUCUGCAACCUCGGCAUCAACCAGCAGGGCUGCGACAUCAGCAUCUGCUGGCAAGGCUACGGUCAAAUCCAAGGACGCAAAGCCAAAGGAUACAAAGACAUUGAAAGCAACUGCAGCAAAGAGUAUUCCCAAAAUAUCCGAUGUACAGAAGCCCGUCCAAACACCUCCUUCCAUGCAUGACGACGCCAAGAACCCCGCACUGAGUGCUGGUCCGAUAAGCACUACGCAGGCAGAAGCCAGUAAAGAGGAAGAGGACAAGGAGGGCAGUGGCGAAGAAGAAGAACAAGAAGACUCUGAAGAGGAAAGCUCCGAGGAGGAAGACGAUGAGGAGGUAGACAAAAAUGCUGGCACAUCUGUAGCCACAAAGGACGGCGCUGCUACUGCUGCUGCCGCUGCCACCAAAGAAAGCAGUUCUGAGGAAGAAGAAGACGACGACAGCGACGAGGAAGAAAGCGAGCAAGAAGAAUCAGCAGAGGGCGAAGCAGCAAAGGGUAAAGCAGCAGUACCAGCAAAGAAGAAAGAAGAGGAUGAAGAGGAUGACGAGGACGACGACAAUGAAGAAGAAGAUAGCGACGCUGACCAAGAGGAAAGCAGUGAAGAAGAAGUAAAAGAAGACAGGGAGGACCCCAAGAAGACCCAGGAGCAAUCCCCCGCUAAAGCAUAGG